GGAAACUCGGCCUGCAGCAGCAGCGUUCCGCCUGAGGCUCCGCGGGCAAGUCGAGGGAAUCAGUGGCUGCGGCGAUGGGGGCGGUGGGCGUAGGGCUGGUGGACUGUCACUGCCACCUCUCCGCCCCGGACUUUGACCGCGAUCUGGAUGAUGUGUUGGAGAAAGCCAAGAAAGCCAAUGUUAUGGCUCUUGUGGUGGUUGCUGAACAUUCAGGAGAAUUUGAAAAGAUUAUGCAGCUUUCAGAAAGGUAUAAUGGAUUUGUUCUGCCAUGCUUGGGUGUUCACCCAGUUCAGGGAGUUUCACCAAAAGACCAAAGAAGUGUCACGUUAAAGGAUUUGGAUGUAGCUUUGCCCAUUAUCGAGAAUUAUAAGGAUCGAUUGUUGGCAAUUGGAGAGGUUGGACUAGAUUUCUCCCCCAGAAUUGCUGGCACUGAUGAACAGAAGGAAGAGCAAAGACAAGUCCUAAUCAGACAGGUCCAAUUAGCCAAAAGACUAAAUUUGCCUUUAAAUGUUCACUCACGUUCAGCUGGAAGACCCACCAUCAGCCUCUUAAAUGAGCAAGGUGCUGACAAAGUGUUGCUGCAUGCAUUUGAUGGUCGGCCAUCUGUAGCCAUGGAAGGAGUAAAAGCUGGGUACUUCUUCUCAAUUCCUCCUUCUAUCAUAAGAAGUGGACAGAAGCAGAAACUUGUUAAACAGUUGCCUUUAACUUCGAUUUGCUUGGAAACAGAUUCACCUGCGCUAGGGCCAGAAAAAAAGGUACGGAAUGAGCCCCAAAACAUUUCCAUUUCAGCAGAAUAUAUUGCCCAGGUGAAAGGGAUCUCAGUGGAGGAAGUUAUAGAAGUGACAACACAGAACGCAUUGAAACUGUUUCCCAAACUUCAGUACCUGCUCCCGAAAUAGCUUCAAAACAAAAUCAAGUGCAGAGGGCACUGUUUGAGAAAAAUAAAUGUUCUGAUGAAGAUUCUGAACUGAAGAAGCCAUUGUAUCGGGAUUAUAAUUUUAGAGAAAUAUUUUUCUUAGAAGUAAAACUGGGCUUAGAUCCUAAAACCCUGGGUUCUAAUUCUACCUUGCACUGCUUUUCAAUUAACGGAGUCCUAGCAGGAGAUUGGGAAAUACCACUGCUUCGUACUUUGCCCUGUUAAAUAGAACCACCAAAUGAACUGAAACCAUUUCUUCUGGCAAGGGUGGCUCCCACAGGUAAGAAAUAAGUGCUACUGUGAUGGCGUGGAAUAGGCUAAAGUUUGAUCCUUUACCACCUGUUUGACUUCCCACAGGAUUUAUCCAGUGAAAGGAGAGUGUCUAGUUUUUUGUACUAUCAGAAAUCUUAUCUUUUCUGGGUUUACAAAAUUGAACUUUUAGUACUUUGAAUUAUCUCUCAUUUUAAGAGAAAAAUGUACAAGGUUUUUAUAUAGAUCUUAGAUUUUGACUUAUAAAGCCCAUGGUUCGUGCAAUCACCGUUAAAUACCAAGCACCACAGUUUAAUUAAUAAAUUGGUUUUAAGUUCCAGUCUGAAUUUUGUCACAUGUUUAAAAUGUACAUAGCUCUAUUAAAAAUGUAUCUGACUUU